UGAAAUGCGAUUACACCAUCGCUGUAAUACACUGACUCAGUCUUGUGCCCGAAUGUCUUGCAUGUGCGAAGCAGUCUGUCUUUCGGGAAUUAAGAUAUUCUGAAUAGUACUUUGGGAUUUUAACGGGAUCACAGUGGGCUCAUCUCCGCUACGGAAUGGACAUAUGUUGUAGUAGCUCGGUGUGUGAAGGUAACGGUACUGGAAGUAUGACCCUGCGAUAACGGCAGCCAGAGGCUACGGACAGCGAGCUGGGCUUGGUUAGAGGUUGGUUACAGGACUUUAUGGUGUGGGCUAAUGGCGCAGGUGAAUGAAGCCUCUUGAAAUAAAGUUACACGUUCGAUUGACUGGCACAAGCAACACUUCUGCUCUGCUUUGCAUUUGUGGAUACUAUCAUGGACUUUCGCUUGACAUUUGCCCCUGUAGGCAAAUUGAGGUAGCCGUAUAGUUUCCUCCAACAGAACCUGUGACCUUUCUCCGUUUUUGAAUGCCUUGUUUUACACCUUUUACGUGGAUUAGCUGAUGGACACGAGCCAAUGUCACUGCGCAACAAUGUUUCCGUCUAGAGCUCUGGUAACAUUGGUGCUACUCGAGACUGUUACAUUUCGCGGUACUCAAUCAAAUACGUUACCUAGUAACCGUUUAGGAUUGCUGCACGAUGCCGAUUUGCAGGAAUAUCUCCUGGCGGAAAGUCAUAUGAAUUCAAAUAAGACAGAAAUGGAGAAGCCACAAGAGAAGCUGUCUCUUUUGAACGCAACAACAGUAUCGUCCCACUCCUCACUUACAAGUCCAGAGCACCACCAUGGUAGUAGGCACGGCAAGCCACUGGAGAGGACCAGGCCCUUUGUGGUAGUGGACGGACACAAUAGAAGUCUGAGUGAGGCCUUGCAGAACGGUCACCCAGACAAGCUACAGUGUGGUCUUCAAUUUGGAGGCAGCAUCUAUCUUUUGGACCUGGAGAAAAACCAUGCUCUCCUGCCCAAGCCCCCCAAUGUCUUCUACUACCUCCCUAAUGGCACUGGGGUUUCUUUAGAGGAGAGCACAGUGACUCACUGCUACUACCACGGCUCAGUGAGGGGCUUCCCACAGUCCAGGGUGGCUCUCAGUACCUGCUCUGGACUCAGGGGUGUGGUGGCUAUCAACUCCACCCUGAGCUUUGAGCUGCAGCCUGAGGAAGACCAUGAGGAGGGGGCAGAGGAGAGUGGAGGGGAGGAGGAGGAGGAGGGGAUGCACCUGCUUUACUCCACCAGACCUCUGGAGAGGGGUAGUGUUGGGGGCUGUGGGGUGUCCCAUACACCUGUACCCCCCAUCCACAUCCCACCACAAGUCCCACACAGGAGUAAGAGGGACAUUCUCUCCGAGACCAAGUACAUAGAGCUUGUGCUUGUAGCUGAUCACGAAGAGUACCUUAACUACCAGAAAAUCAACAAGACUAUCAUCUAUCGAAUGCUGGAUGUGGCCAACCAAGUAGACUGGUUCUACCGGCCGCUGAGUGUGCGUGUGGCUCUAACUGGGCUGGAGAUCUGGAGUGACCAGGAUAAGAUCCGGGUUGACAAGAGUCCCUCAGACACCCUCAACCGCUUCCUGGAGUGGCGCACCAGAGAGCUGCUGCCCCGCCUGCGCCACGACAAUGCUCAGCUCAUUAUGGGGGAGUCAUUUGAUGGAACUACAGUGGGAAUGGCAUCUCAGUCUUCCAUGUGCUCCAAGGACCGGUCAGGAGGGGUCAAUGUGGAUCACCUGGUCAGUGUACUGGGGGUGGCGUCCACCAUUGCCCAUGAGCUCGGGCACAAUUUGGGCAUGAAUCAUGACACGGCCGACCGGCGCUGCCAGUGUCAGAACGAGCCACGCCUGGGAGGCUGCAUCAUGGAGCCAUCUACUGGGUUCAUGCCAGGCCAGCUGUUCAGCAGCUGCAGUGCCAGAGACCUGUCCCUCAGCCUGCUCCACGGUGGGGGGAUGUGCCUCUUCAACGUGCCCCAGCCUGAGAAACUGCUGGGGGGGCCACGCUGUGGAAACCUCUACGUGGAGAAGGGAGAGGAGUGUGACUGCGGCCUGCUGGAUGAGUGUAACGAUCCUUGUUGCAACGCCACCACCUGUAAACUGGUUCCUGGGGCCCAGUGUUCCUCUGAUGGCAUCUGUUGUGACAACUGCAAGCUGCGUACAGGUGGAUGGAUGUGUCGGCAGCCCCUGGGGGAGUGUGACCUCCCUGAGCACUGCACCGGUGCCUCUCCCUACUGCCCCCCCAACGUGUUCCUGCAGAACGGCGAGCCCUGCGAGGAAGGCUCCUCCUACUGCUACAGCGGUGUCUGCGCCAGCUUCAACACACAGUGCCAGAUGUUGUGGGGACCUAAUUCCACAAGGGCUCCGUCUGUCUGCUUUUCCUCCGUCAACAAACAGGGCAACAAAUACGGCAACUGUGGCCAGAUGCCAAACGGAACCUACAUCCCCUGCCCUAGCAAAGAUGUGCAUUGUGGGAGGCUCCAGUGCCAGGGAGGCAACGACCGUCCGUUGCUAGGCACCAGCGCUGAGAUCCUGACCACCAAAGUAAAAUUUAACUACAGCGACUUUGUCUGCCGGGGAACCUACUUCCACCUUGGCGACGACGUCUCCGACCCUGCCAUGGUGGCACAGGGCACCGCGUGUGGUUUUGGCAAGGCCUGUUGGAACCAGCAGUGUCAGGAUGUGUCUUUGUUCGGCGUCGAAGAUUGUCAGAGCAAAUGCAACGGACACGGGGUGUGCAACAGCAAUAAGAACUGCCACUGUGACGUGGGCUGGGCUCCUCCAGACUGUAGGUCCACGGGUCAUGGAGGCAGUGUGGAAAGUGGCCCUGCAAGAGCACCUAGAGGAUCCGACCCGGCACGUGUGGCCUUGCUGGUCAUCUUCCUCUUCGUCCUGCCAGUGGUUCUCCUCUUCCUCGCCCUGCGUUUCCCCCGGUGUCACCGCAACCUGCCCUGUCUGGGCACUACCAGCCUCUUCCACAAGGGCACCGGACGCCAACAGAGCCGGACGCCGGCCACAGAGCGAGUGGAUGCUCGUAACGGGGAGCAGGUCCAACCACUGAGGUACCACUGGAGCCGCCAGAGUGACAUCCAAAUGACCCCGUCUCCGCCUUCUAACAAGAUUCAGGACAGACCUGCUCCACCUACUAAGCCACUCCCUCCUGACCCUGUCUUAAAACAAGCCCAGCCAUCGUUGAGUCGGCCGGCUCCUCCCACCAGGCCUCUACCCCCUGACCCUGUGCUAACAGGCAGCCAGGCCCUUGUACAACCCAAAAAACCACCAGCACCCAGGAAGUCCUUGCCUUCAGAGCCCCCGUCACAUCCCACCCACCCUGGGUACAUUGCAUCUGGUGCCCCCCUGCAACAUGGAGCGAGUAUAACUUCAGUUCCACCUGUUGGCCCUCCUGUUGCAGCUGUCCCUUCCAGACGUGCCCCUUUACCUCCAGUACGGACGUCACAACCCAGGAAACCCAACUCGACACCUCCGGUUUAACUGCCAAAGAUCCACAAAACCACUAAGAUUCUGAGAUUCUCUUAAACCGGACCUGAACGCAUGAAUUGCACUGAUUCAGCCAAGAGUUUUAUUAUGGAGAACCUUACAGGAAGGCUCAGAACCCAGAAGUCUCCAAAUGAAGGCUGCUUUUCACUCUCCCUGCCCCCCCUAAACUAUUUCCUGUUGUCUUCUUCCUGAGAGACUGACAGGUGCCUUACGUGUCGUGUUGGGACAGACUGGGGCUCCGAGCAAAGCAGAGAAGGUCUGGAAUGUUCAGUCAGGUUGAUCCGUUGGCCAUUAAGAAACUGGAUGGAUGUAGUUAAGUAUCCGUCAAAGAUGUAACACUUCUUGAAAACUGUGUGGCUUUUGACAUUAACUGACAAUUACAAAAAUGGAUGUCUACACAGAGGCUAAGCUCAAUUGAGAUUAAAGGCCCAGUACUGGUUUUAUGGCAUUGGCACAUUUGAAUGUGCCCUGUGAUGCUUCAGAAAAACAUAUUACUCUUCUACUUAUAGGUUGAAGCCCAAGUCAUCCUCCCAAUCUGACUGUGGCCACCACUUUUGCACCAUUUUGCAGUAUUUUAUUUUAAGUGGCUUGGCUAAUGCAGGCCUCAGGAAACCAGUCCUGACCACCCCCUGCUCUCUUUCUGGAAUAAAGAAGCAUGUCAACACUUUCAUUCACCGCAAUGAUUUCUUUGAUCUCCAUCACAAUGGUGUCAUUGAGGGGGAGGACCUUGCAUGCAACCCUUUCUGACUAACCCUUGAGAUGAAAUGAGAAUAGUGUCACAGAAACCUUAGUUCUUGAUUGCAGAGCUGUACAACUAACUGCACAACUGUAAAUACCAGAGAAUUCUAACUUGCCUACUAGUUUUAAUUCUACAAUAAUGGCUAUUUAAAGCCAAAGAGAUGGAUCUCUGGAGAAGUGAGGGGGGAAGUAGAUUGAACUUUGAAAUGAUAGGCCACUUCUCGAAGACUGACCUACGCUGCGACAGAAGACCGGUUGCCUUUUUUGUACCUUUGGUGAUCAGUUGUGCCGCACCAGUGUAAGCCAGAAUGAGUUAAGUGCACUCAUAGAAUGAGGAGCUCUUUUAAAUGAGUCUUCACAUAUUCAGGUAAAUUAAAACCAAGCCAUGGGAUUCACUUCUUUAGGAUUGGUGGGUCCCCUGUGGGACGGUUGAGCGAACGUAGGCUAAUGCGAUUAGCAUGAGGUUGUAAGUAACAAGAACAUUUCGCAGGACAUAGACAUAUCUGAUAUUGGCAGAAAGCUUAAAUUAUUGUUAAUCUAACUGCACUGUCCAAUUUACAGUAGCUAUUACAGUGAAAGAAUACCAUGCUAUUGUUUUAGGAGCGUGCACAGUUUUGAACAUAAAGUUAUUAAUGAACAAAUUAGGCACAUUUGGGCAGUCUUGAUACAACAUUUUGAACAGAAAUGCAAUGGUUCCUUGGAUCAGGCUAAAACUUUGCACAUAUACUGCUGCCAUCUAGUGAACUAUUUAUAAAUUGCACCUGGGCUGGAAUAAUACAUUAUGGCCUUUCUCUUGCAUUUCAAAGAUGGUACAACAUUUUUUACAAAAAAACGGUUGGUUUCUAAUUUGUAUUCUCUUUUACCAGAUCUAAUGUGUUAUUCUCCUACAUUCCUUUCACAUUUCCACAAACUUGUUUCCUUUCAAAUGAUACCAAGAAAAUGCAUAUCCUUGCUUCAGGGCCUGAGCUACAGGCAGUUAGAUUUGGGUGUCCUUUUAGGCGAAAAUUGAAUAAGAGGGGCCGAUCCUUAAGAGUUAAACUGGGGAAACGCUGACUGAAUGUACGGGAAAAAAACUAUAGGCUCACACUUUACAUUAAGUCACAGCAAUGCCAUGUAGUUACACCAAAUAUAUAAUUUUCUCAGUCUUAUUUCAUGUAACUAGAUUGUUAAUUAAUGUAAAACAUAUUGUCACUUAUCUUUUUAGUGCAAUUCCAGCAUUGUUAUCUUCCUUCUCUGCAGUACAGUGUACAGCUAGUUACCAAAGUAGUUUGAGUAACUUCAUGGUAUAAGGGCAACUUAAUAUAAAGUGUUAUGAUGUUCUGGAAUAAACCACAAUAUACGCAUUACUACUCCUGAAGUGGUGAGCCACCAGUACAGGGGCUGUAUGUCGGCAGGCAACAGUAUUGAUUUUGCCUGCAUGUCAUGAAAGUGUAUUUCAUUUCUAGUGAAAGAUUGUUUUCCAAGUCAAAACGUCUGUUUGUCUUCCAUUUAAUGUUUAAAGUGAUGAAUUACCAGCCUUAUGAGUUUUAAGUUGAGCACUCCACGGCAACAUGGCUAACUGUGUCUAUACAGCAAAUAGAUGAUUUUGUGUAUCAAUGGUGGCUUAUUUAGUCAAAGAGAAUUUGGCUAGCAGGUAUGAUAAUUGAAACUGAUAAUCUUCAUCCUGAUUUGAAAUCUGCCAAUACUUCUUGGUCAUUUGGAUAAAUGAGUACUGGUAUCCAUUACAAGCAUUUCAGAUCAUUUGACUGUUCAUUAUUUUGAUUAAUUACUAAAGUUGUCAACUUUGAUUAUGACAAACUCUAAAUGGUGCAGGCAUGUUAUUAUGCCUUCCAUCGGUCCAUUUGAUUUAGAAUUUGUAAAUGUCCUUUAUGGACCUUCUACUGACUAUGAUCUGUUCCAAUGUUCUGAACACACUCUCCCUUUGGUUCUAUUCAUAUGUCUUACAUUUCUAAUACGACUGAUUAUCAGUAUGAGAACACUCAGAUGUAACACGAAUUGUUCCGAAUUUUGCUCAAUGCAAUUAUGGGAGGGUCUUUUCAUGAAACUGUUCUACUUUGACCUCUGUCUGCAUUUUUCCUACUGUCUCAAUUGAGACGUUCACUGCUGCUGAGGGAAAUAAAACAGACUGUGGAAAAGAGA